ACUAAUACUAAAAACAUAAUCGUAUCUUAUAUUAUUUUAUUGUUAUACGUAAGAUGAUGUAACACGUUAAAGUAAACAUACUUAUCAAAAAAUCGGAUAGUGAGAAGAUAUUAUUUCAAGUACGACAAAAUCCAACCUCGAUGUUCAAUCUCCUUUGUAAACGUUUGGCAGUUGAUAGGAUACAUCCGCCGAUCUGCACGUGCUUGCCCAGGGCACACUUGGUGCAAUACCACGGCGACGCACGCGACUCUCAAUCGGAACCCAGGAUAUUGUCGGAAGCCCGCAUAGUCAUGCAUUUCAAAAUCCGAAAUACUCGGUCAUUUAGAUCUUGCGGCAUACAUUGACAUGUUUGUCGACGCAAACCGUAAUAGAGAUCAACAGAAUACCUCUUGUACGAGUAACAUGUAAUUUAUGAUAGCGGUCGACGCAAGCACAGCAGUCAAUUGUAACUAAAGAACGCCAAAUCUGCUUGUGGUUCAGUGGCGCAAGAGGAAUAGUGUGAAAUGGCCGUGUCGUUGUACGCUCUGGUAGUGCUUGCCACAACCGCUCUCGGGGCCUCUAUUGCGCCUACAAAAGAUCAAUUUUUAGAAGGGUCUAUUUGUGGUAGGGUGUGGAUUACCAUCCACUCUCCAGCUAUCCAAAGAACACUGGCACCAAACCUCCUCGAUGCAAUAGAGCUGAAUUGGGAUUUUAAUGGCUGUUCCACUAUACCGAGAGAAAUAGGACUCUUCAACAGUAGGCCGCUAUCAUGGAAUAAUGCGUUAGAGACAUACCCGUUAAAUUCAGUAGACGGCUUCAUAAUCACUAACACGUCUCUUGGCGAAGGUGCGUUGCCUGGCGACUGGUUGACAGGUCCUGGGCGAAAAGGUCCGCAAUGUCUCUGGCCGUGGGUAGCAGCAGGUGACGUCCAAAUACUAGCUUAUAACUGCCUCAAAAUACAACCGACGUGGAUGGAAGAUAAUGGAGACAAAAUAAACAGACUGCGCGUUGGAGAGCUGGCCAUAGCAGGUACCCAUAACGCGGGCGCUUGGAGGUUCAACACAGAGAUCAGCACAGUCUCACGGGACAGUUUCGUACUCUGCCAGGAUCGGUCCAUCUGGGCCCAACUUGUCCAUGGCAUCAGAUAUUUAGACUUCAGGAUUGCUUACUACGAAUAUUAUCAAAACAAAGAUGACAGAUACUGGCUAAACCACAAUCUUAUACGAGUCCGCCCUUUGGUGCCGCUUUUAAGAGAAAUUAGAACAUUCUUAGACAAUACAAAAGAGGUUGUGUUCCUCGACGCUCAUCACUUUCCUAUAGGUUUCUAUGAUGCAGAUGGAAGACCUAUCCGUCCGGUACAUAACGGUCUUAUAGAACUCGUUCAAAGGGAAUUAGGCCCACACAUGGCAAAUGCUAUAAACUUCGCCACGGAACCAGGCAAUCGAGGACCGACACUCAAAGCAUUGCUCGACGCAGAAAAGAGGUUACUAUUCAGUUACGCGGACAACACUAUCGUGAGAGAAAACAACUUCCUUUGGCCGUAUCUACCUCACUUAUGGGCGAAUACAAACAGCCCAUCUGAGCUAUUCCAGUACUUAGAUCAAGCGAUCACAGUGUCGCCGCAACCUUCAGCACUGUCACCAUUGUAUUCAGCGAUGGCACAGACUACCCCUACAGUGCUCGACAUUCUCUUCCUUCGUGGCUCCCUCAGAGAUAACGCGGAAGCUGUCAACCGGAACGUCACCGCUCGACUAGUGACAAGAUGGCGACAAUACGCAAAUAUUGUAGCAUCAGACUUCUUCCUCGGAAACGAUGUUAUAGAUGUUUCAAUAGCCCUUAAUGUCGAACGUGCAUCGAGUCGUUUAUGACGUCAUAGCGUUAAAUCUAGAAAUGGCGGACUCCACGUAAAGUCGCAUCGCGGCCGUAUCACUAUUGCGGUGGGACGAUCACCAUGGCUGCCGCGUCAUAGAAAUCGCUCCAAUUCAUUCAGCUAUAUCAAAAAAUAGAGCUACCUCAAAGAGCAAGGUAUCCGCCGCUACAUGCCACUGCCAGAUAUUAAAGCAUGUAAAAUGUUACUAGUGAGAUAAUUUUAAGCAUUUUAUUAAUGUAAGAUAACCACGUACUAGUC